AUGCUCUCAACACGUCCUGUCAGUUCGACGCUCGAGAGAGCAAUGGCCAGACCUUCCUUCCCAUCCUUCGAAGAGGAAUGCUGUACUGCGUCAAAAAUCGACGCACUCGCUCACACAACGACGUGUCUGAUUGGUCGAAAUGAGAGGACGCCAACAUGGGACGGCCAAUCACAGCCAUCGAUAGAAGUUUCAAAGUGCAUCGAAACUUUAAUACUAAUCGUAAGGGAAAGACACGUGCAAGACGAACGAAGCUUCGAAGAGGAAUGCUGUACUGCGUCAAAAAUCAAGGCACUCGCUCACCCAACGACGUGUCUGAUUGGUCGAAAUGAGAGGACGCCAACAUGGGACGGCCAAUCACAGCCAUCGAUAGAAGUUUCAAAGUGCUUCGAAACUUUAAUACUAAUCACACGUGCCAACCGUACGAAGCUUCGAAGAGGACUGUUGCACUCCACCACACUCCGCGCAACGUACCCUUUAACGAUGAAUCUGAUUGGUCUAAAUAGGAGGACGCCAUAAUGAAAUGACCAAUCACAGGCAUUGGUAGAAAGUUCGAAUUGCUUUGAAACUUUAACAUUAAAAGAACGGAAAAUUAUCAACGCCAUAUUGAAAUAUGGUCAAGAUUACUUUUUUCACUUUAAAGCACCGAA